AUGAACAGGACUCCAAGAAAUCCCUCUUCAUCAAAUAGGGCCUCGACCAGAUCAUCGCAUUUGGCCAAGAAAGCUGUGCUCAUCGUCACUGCACAUGACGUCGACCCCAUUGAGCUUGUUGUCUUCCUCCCUGACCUGUGCUGCAAAAUAGGUGUCCCUUCUGUCAUGCUGAAGGGUAAAGCUUGUUUCGGAACAGUUCUGCACAGGAAUGAAGAGUGA